AUGUCGCAGACGGUCUGGCAUCGCAAGUUUGCCGCCGGCUUUGGCACCGAAAAGGCCUUGGCGGCGACUCGGAAUCCCGGGCCGCCGGCGCCCAUUACGUGGUCUCCGGAGGAAGAGGGAAGCGGAGAGGCCGGCGUCGGUGACCUCGGCUUCGUCCUCGGCUCCUUCACGGCCGACGACGCGUGGGAGCUGGGCCACCUGCUGCACGCACGCCUGCGCCCGCUGGCCCCCGCGCGCCCGGCCCUCAUCUCCAUCAGCCUGGCGAGCGGCGGCGGCGCGGCGCUGUUCGAGGCGGCGACGGGCCCGGGCCUGACGCCGGAUAACGCGGCGUGGGUGGCGCGCAAGCGGGCAUCGGCGCUGCGCUUCGGGACGAGCAGCUGGCGGCUGGGGCGGCGGUUCGCGGGCGACGAGGCGGCCUUUGCGGCAAAGUACGGCCUGGGGCCCGAGAGCGCGGGCCGCUUCGCCAUCCACGGCGGCGCGGUGCCGAUCCGGGUCGUCGGCGUCGAGGGCGUCGUUGCCGUGGUUGUGGUGAGCGGGCUGAAGCAGCACGAGGAUCACGGGGUUAUUGUCGAGGUGAUCCGGGACCAUUGGGUGCCCAUCGAGGGGUAG